AGUUAACAUCGUCCCCGCCCAACACCACCGUUGACAUCAAGACACCUGACUAAUAGAUCAUGUGCUUUCAACUCAAUCCAGAUGUGGGCGCUGCCCUCGCCGCGAUGGCAGGACCAAACGCCCCGCCGCCAAUUUCUGUUGGCGAUGUCGACACCCGACGUGUUGUCCUUGACGCAAUCUUCAGGAAGGCAAGCGCCACACUAGAACCCAUAAAAGGCGUGGAUGUGAAAGAUAUUCACAUUGAAGCACAAGACGGCCACAAACUCCUCGCUCGCUGGUACACAUCCACCACCCACCCAGCCCCAGGCAGCGCAGUGCUCUACAGCCAUGGCGGAGGCUACAUAGCCCUCUCCCUCGAAGUCUACGACCAUAUCAUCAAAAACUACGUUGCCAACACCGGUGUCCCAAUACUCGCUGUCGAAUACCGCCUCGCUCCUGAAGUCCGCGCUCCCGUUCCUGUGCAAGAUGUCUACACCGGCCUCCAAUACCUCCACACCAACGCCACCUCCCUUGGCAUCGACCCCAACCGCAUUGCAGUCAUGGGCGAUUCCGCCGGCGGAGGUCUCAGCGCAGCCCUAGCUCACUACAACAAAGUCCAACCACAACCCCUUCCCAUCAAAAAGCAGAUUUUGAUCUACCCUAUGCUGGACGACACCAACACCGAUCCUUCAUCUCGAAUACAUACUUCCAUCGCUCCCUUUCUUCUCUGGAAAAUGGACGAUAAUAUUACCGCUUGGGGCGCCCUUCUUGGGAGACAGACCUCAGCAUCCGACUCCAUCCCAACAACACACGCACCUGCUCGUUCAACGGUCGAAGAAGCGCAAGGUCUGCCUCCGGCGUACAUCGACGUGGGAGAGCUAGAUCUCUUCCGCGAGGAAGAUCUGCAGUAUGCGAGUUUACUCGGACGAGCGGGCGUCAGUUGCGAAUUUCAUUUGGUACCAGGCGUUCCGCAUGCUUUUGAGACUGUUGCGCCGGGAAGCGAAGUUGCGAAGCGAGUCAUGGCGAGGAGAUUUGCGGUCUUGAAGGAGUUGUAGGGAAUGAGCUCAGGACGAACAAAAGACGAAGAGAGACUAAAUGAGAAGAAGUUGAGACUGGAUGUACGUGUUCAGUCUCUGGCUGAAUAGAUGACUUGGUGCGAUGGGCGAAAUAUUGUUCUAAGCACGAUUCAACGCGCUUCUCGAUCAUGUCAGGUGAAGCUCAUGCCGUAUUCUGGAGUUUUCCUGAGAUCAAGCACGAUCCAUAUUGUAGAGCAUGAUCCAUGACCGAACCUCAAACAGGCACACGCCCGCCAACUCUGAAAUCGCAUCAGCACGAAUUACCCUAAUGAGCACAUCCC